CCACCACCACCACCACCACCACUACUACUACUACCACUACCGUCGCAGUCACCACCAACCCGCCGCUCAUCUGCUACAAGAGUUUUUGGCGCAUUCUGUAGCAGGCAGCAUCUGUUUGUUGCUUGCCACGGACUUCUUCAACAAGCUCCGUUGGAGCUAAAAAUCAAAACUUUGGAUGUACACGCUCUGCUUUCUCGUCUGCUGACAGUUUGUGCCUCUUCUACAACUAUAUAAAUAUAUACAUAUAUACACACAUAUAUAUAUAUAUACAAACAAAUACACACACAUAUAUCACCUAUAUGUAUAUAUAGUUAUACACAUGCAAUCACACACAUAUAAGUAAAUAUAUAUAUACAUAUUCAAAUAUAAUACAGACAAGCUAUCAGUCACAUUUUCUUUACAUUUGUAUAGCUUAUACACGUAUUUUUAUAUAGUUAUAUAUACAUACACAUAUCUUAUAAGAGAGAAAAAAACCGUGAUAAAAGGAAGAUACACACACACACACACACACACACACAUAUAUAUAUAUACAUAUAUAAUAUACAUAUCAUACAUUUCACUUUGUAGUAUAGGAUAUUAUAUAUCCACGCAUUUAUUUGUAUACAUACAUAUAUUUGAAGAAGACGAGAGCAUUGUAGAAACAGAGGCGCGACCCACGCUGUGCCCGAGGGAUAUUUACUCAUCGACCACAGCAUCAACGAUAACAAACAUCAUCAUCAUCAUUAUCAACAGCGCCGAUAUCAUCAUCAGCAUCAGCAUCAAACUCGUCGCCGUCGUUCUUAACAGCAAGAAGAACAACAACAACAGCAACAACAGCUACAAGAAGUACCACUAGAAUUGCAAUUACAACAACAUCGGUCUGCAUGGAUGCAGGAUCCUAUGAUAACGUGGAGUUUCCCAUCCGGAAGCCGGUGACCACCGCUGGAAGCUACAAUGUAACUUCGAAGUAUGUAAGUUCCGGCAGCAGCAAGAGCGGUGGUGUAGGGGGCAGCAGUAGUAGCACCACUAUCAGUAGUAGUAGUAGCAGUAGUGGUGUCAAUUCCUCUGUGUCAACAGGUCGCCUCCAAGUGCACCAUGCCAACGCCAAGGUGGACAACAUUAGCAACAGCCGACAGGCAGGUAAACUGGCCACGGUGGAAGAAGGGAGUACGGAGAAUGAGGACGGGAAAACUCACUCAACCGUGGUCAUACAAAACAACACAUUGGUCUCUUCGACGACAACUGACCCUUCGUCUGAGGCGAAUAUAUCUAUGGACACCCUUCGCUCUCAGUCGUCAUCAACACCGUACAUGUCACCCCCACCAACGCUGCCUCGACACCAGGCCGGCUCCGGUGAGCAGUUCGAUCGGCGGGACCUGACGCCGUCUUCACAGGCCUUGAUUGACAAUGCAUACACGGAUCUGAGGAAACACCAUCGCUUGAACCAGGCCAUUGACCAACAGGGCGCCGACCUCAAAGACCAAGUUUGUGACAUGUGUCGUAAGCCAGGAGAAAGUGUCAGCUAUGAACAGUUACUGCAAGGGAUGCUUGUGGAAGGUGAACGUCUACUACUGACCGGAAACUGGUUAUAUUUCACCAACGUGGAGUUUUUAGACAGCAAUGGCAGUAAAACCGUGGCACAACCCCUUGGGAACGGGAGGGCCUGCCUCACAAGCCGUGCUCUCUUGCUCCUCUGUGCUGAAGGAACGUUGAAUUCUACAGUAAGAAAAGUAAAGGAAGAAGAAAAAGACCCCAAAAAGCAGCGCCCAACGUAUCAUUUAGAUGUGAGGAAAUUUGAGCAGAUAUAUUACCGUAGUGUCCCACUGACUAGUGUCCGCAGUGUGGAAUUGAACGUGCAAACAGGGACUUCGGCCGAAACAACACUUACAAUGAGAGAAGCCCUUUGUUGCGGGUUUUGCCGGUGCUUCGGGUUCCAUCGUUGUAACGAGUCCUGGAAAAACAGCCGACCAAGAACGGUGCCGAUCAGUCGCAGAACGGUCACGCUCGGAGUCAACAUGCCACCAUGGGGGUUGCAAACUACUGUGGUCAUACAUUUGUUACCUGAAAUGUCGGUCGUCGUAGCACGUGACUUGGUGGCCAGUCUACAAACCCACGCCCCAGCUUUGUCUACUAUAUCAACGUUGUAGUCAGGACAGACCCAAACGCUCAAACACAAGCACAAAUGCAUACAUACAUACAUACAUACAUACAUACAAAAAAAUAAUAAAUGAAUACAUAUACACAUAAUAAGAAUAAUAUAAUAAUAAUAAUGAUAUACAAAUAAAAACAAAACCGAAAAAGAAUUAUAUAAAAAUGAAUCGAAUCCGUUCCGCGGCAGAGGAUCGAACCAGUGAUGAAGUGAAACGAUAAAGACGAAGAAAUAUCGACUGAUCAGUGUGUAAAUAUCUGCAGCCUCAUGAGAUUGGCAGAAUUGUUAGCGCGUCGAACAAAAUGACUUGCUGUAUUUCUUCCGGCUCUUUACUUUCUAAAUUCAAGUCGGCCGAGGUUGACUUUGCCUUUCAUCCUUCCGAGGCUGAUGAAAUGAAAUACCAGUCAAGAACUGAGAAUGGUUUAAGCAUAUCUAAGCCAUCCUCCGACCAAAUUUUAGGCCUUGUGCCUAUGCUAACAUCGAAAGGCCAAGAAGUGAUAGAAUCGUCAACGAGACGGACAAAAUGUUUAGCAGCAUUUCUUCCGACUCAUUACUUUCUAAACCAAUGCUUCUCAACCAUCCCCCCCCCCUACGGACCCUAUUAAUUCCUAUUUUACUCUACCGAACCCUCAAACUAAUUCAAUGCUAAAAAAUAAUCUUAAAAUUCUUUAAUAAUUAAAUAUCAUUAAGAAAUGUAGAAAAAAUUGUUAAUAUACCUUAAGUAUUGUAGAAAUAUAGCCACUUUAUUGUACAUAAACUUUAAUAAUAAAAUCUUAUACAGAACCCGGUUUCACAACCACUGUUCUAAAUGCAAAUCCUGCUGAGGUCAGCUUUGAUUUCCAUCCCCUCGGGAUCAGUAAAGUAAAGUACCAGUCAAGUACUGGAGUCGAUGGAAUAAUCUCAACCUCCAAAAUUUCGGUGCUUAUCUUAAAAACAACAAUUAUAAUAAUUAUUAUUAUUAAUUGUUCAAUGUGUCCAGUCCAUUGUAAUAUGUGGGUCAUUACAUCUAUUACCUCAGUAUCCCAUUGACAUUGUAAUAAAUACUUCCAAUCCUCUAUGGACUGACCUCAAAUCGUUGGCAUUUACUCGUCUGCCCAGAGGAGCCGAUGGUAUGGAUUUAAUUAGUCGAAACCCCAUUCCAUUUAUAUAUAUGUAUACACACACAUAUAUAUAUAUAUAUAUUAAAAACACGUGACCAUAUGUGUGUGUGUUUUUUCAUGAUUAUGCACGUAUAGGAAGUAUAGUGUGUAGCGGUGAAGGUGAUGGUGGAUGUUUGUGUAUCCAAGGGGUCAUCGUGUUAAAAGUAAAAGUGUCAAAAGCACGUGGAGACUUCUAGUGGACGAUUAGUACAAGGGAGAUAAUCCUCAUAUAAUAAUAUUUGGCAGGGUUUGUAGUUUGAUUUCGAAAUUAAGGAAUAAGGAAGAAAAUGCAUAAAAUACGCGUAUUUAUUUAUGCUUGUUGCUUACACAUUACGAAGUUCUUAGCACCAUUUCAUUCUUUUGGGAAAUCAACAUAACAAGGCUGCAUAGUUUAUCUAACAGAAAAGAACAAACGAGAAAAAUCAAUUCUCGGUCAGGAGUUGAUUGGUAAAACUUCUUUAAAUCGUCCCAAGUAAAAGAUGAUUUGCAAAGUCGGGCUUAGUUGCAUUUGAACUCAAAACGUAAAGAGUUGUGAGCUAAAUACAGCAAGGAUUCUUUCUCUCUCUCUCUCUCUCUCUCUCUCUCUCUCUCUGUGCUCUAACGAUCCUGACAAUUUACAAACCUUAUCUUUUGAGUAAAUGAAUAAAUAAUAAAUAAAUAAUGAAAUUUUAAAGGAAAAUGGAUAAAACAUAUUUUUUAAAAAAUAUCAUUUCGCAACCUCCCUCCUUAAACCACAAACACACACACAACCCCCGUUUCUUCUCCAACGGAGAUACUGACACCAAGGCUUGGUAUAUAUAUAUAUAUAUAUAUAUAUAUAUACUCAUGAGAACUAUUAUAGGCGAUGAUGAUGAUGAUGAUGAUAGUGGAGCCAGGAGAUGGAGGAAAAUUAAAAUCUGAAAUAAAGAAACGAUAAUGUAAAAA